UUCUACCAAACGAGACCCUUCGUCUUCUUCCCCGAGCAUGCACUUAAACCUUUAUAUGAGCUAAGCCGUCUCUUUAAAUCCUCCCAUUUACACAAAUGCACAAAUCAGCCAUGGCAGGAGCAAAUUCCAAAAUCAUUCUCAAGCUACUCAUCGAUGCUCGCAGCCACAAAGUACUCUUCGGCGAGGCUGGUGAGGAGGUCAUUGACAGCCUUCUUGCUCUCCCACUUGGAUCUGUCAUCAAGCUCCUCUCCCCUUCAACAAUGCCUGGAUCCAUCGGAAACCUAUAUCAAAGUGUAAAUAGUCUCAACAAGACCUAUCUUCUCGCUAACAGAGAUAAGUCCUCUUUACUUGAGCCCAAAAUCUUCCUUUCUGACCUAACGAGCCCUCUGCUCCUCGGCACUCAACCUAAUGCGGAGACAAAAUACUAUCUCUGUAAUAAUUGCAAACAAAAAAUUGCUGCUAAGAGGAACAAUUUGUGCCCAAAAUGCAAGUUGGUUAUGGCCAACGAAGUCACUGUCGUGCUGCCAUCGAUGUCUGAUUCGGCUUCUACUGGAGCUGGAAAUGAGGAGGAGAGUGUUGGAGGCUUUGUGAAGGGAGUAAUCACCUAUAUGAUUACAGACAAUUUGGAAGUAACGCCAUUGUCUGCAAUUUCUAGCAUGAUUCUUAUUAAACGUUUUAGCUUGAAAAAGGAUGUACAGUUAGAGGAGAAAGUGGUCGCCAUCGGCAUCAAAGAGGGACUUGCUUUGCUGAAGGCAUCACUGGAUUCUCCCACUGUGCUAACUGAUGUUUUUUGUUCAUGCAUUAAGAAAACAAACCCUACGUCUUCCCGUUUUAGUAUUUAAUCUCUGGUUGCAAAAACUCAUUUUGCAAGGUUAGUAAUAUAUAGAUAUGUAAGGCAAUGCUGAUGGGGCUGCUGCCUGUUUGUAUGUGUUCUAAGGUUGCUUCUGCACGGUUCUUUUUUCUCUUUGUUUUGAACCGUUUGGCUUUUGUGUGCACACCUACUCUGUCUGCUUCACUAACUUUGGAAUUGUACUUGGGACUAAAGUUUUGAUGUAAAUUCUGAUCAAAAGAAGGAAAAUGUGUUGCUGCCAAGUUCCAUUUAUUUCCAAGCCAAACAGA